ACGCAGUAUGCGGACGAGCGGAUAAGCGCUCGGUCGAACGAGUGGCUGGCGCCAGCGGCGCCAGACCAGUCAUCGGCGCACGCGGCGCAUCGGAGCGUUCCUGACAGUGUGAUCCGGCGUCUGGCUCGGGCGGCGAGGGCAGCGAAGCGGAGGCGUGGGCAGGCCAUUCUGCCAACCCAGAGGACGGGCGCGCGUCACCCCUCCGCCGCGGCCACAGUCGUUGCGGCGAUGCUGGCGGCGGCCGCGCUUCUCCUGCUGGCGGCGCCGAUCGUAGCCGCCCCACCCAACCUUUGGGCAGCGGCACGUGCGCACGCCCAGCUCGUGACAAUAAUCGACGCAAGCUUGGCCUCACUCAACCUGUGGCGCAGUGAGAUGCACAAAUGCCCACCCGUAAUAGGGGAGCUCGCAGAGUGCUCCUGCGACGAGGAGUGCGCGCUGUACGGAGAUUGUUGCCUGAAUGUGAGCCCGCAGGCCCUGCCCCGCAACGACUUGGCAUGCAGGCGAUCCCCAGAUUUCGGGUAUGUGUACAUGGUGUCCCGGUGUCCGGUCCAGUGGCGGGACACCUCGGUGCGAAGCCUGUGUGCUCGCAACGCGGCGUUCGCCGAGGAUCCGUUCGCGGCUUUACCGGUUACAAGCCCCGCCAGCGGGAUGACCUACAGCAACUAUUACUGCGCCAUAUGCCACGGUGACUUAGCAGGGUCUGUGUUUUGGACGCCGGCGAUAUCCUGUCCGACACUGACCAAAGAGCACCAGGACGCCCUCAAUAUCACCGAUACCUUCAUUGAAGAGAACUUACUCCAGAACCCUGCUGGAGAGUGGGGAUUGCAGUUAAUGGACGAAAACAACGGAACGUUUCAUGCGUGCGUAAUUUCCCUACAUUCGGGCAAUAACGACAAAGAACAUUUGAUGCGGAACUGUCAACCCAAAAUUUCCAGCUGUGCGGCUAACUGGACCAACCUAGAACUCGCCCUAAUGUGCACCGCGUACAAUGCCUACAUGUAUCACGGCAGAAUCAGGUACCGCAACGCGCACUGCGCCCUGUGCAACUAUGUACCACAACAGUACAUUACGUACUGGCCGGCCACCAACAAUUUUGCUGAGGGAAGGCGUCCUCGCAUGCAUUCAUCAGUCUUUUUUCUCGACAUCACCACCCGGUCGGGCAUGAACGCAGUGGGAGCAGCCAGGAUCUGUACCGGCGCCCGACUCUGGGACCCGUUCUUCAAGAUCUGCAGGGAAGUCUCAGUUUCCUCUGGCGUCACCAACGCCACCGGCUCCCUGACCUGCCCCAAGGUUACCGUAAACGAGUACCAGUUUCAGGUCAGCGACAAAGACGUCGCGUACGUGCUGGCGUAUGACCUGUUCUUGGAUCGCGGCUAUUACGAGCUCAGUGACGGACAGCUAACCUUUUGUGACCCGCGUUUCCAACUUAAAAGGUUCCAAACCGCCUUUUCAUACGCCUUGGUGGCAUGUCGUACAGCGUCCGUGUUGUGCCUCCUGCUGCAUCUGGCGGCGUUCUGUGCCGUGCCCGAAACACGGAACCUGCCCGGAAAAUGUGUGACGUCCUUGUGCGUCUGCCUGCUUAUCGGCUACCUCUGCUCCAUGGCGGCAUUGUGGCAGGAUUACGGCACCGACGGCUGUGUUCUGCUGGCCAUUGUUAAUUUCAGCGCCUUCGCAGCAGCGCUAUUCUGGGUCAAUGUUAUGGCGAUCGACGUCUUCAACACCCUCAGGUGAGUAAUAUUGGGGAGCAUGAGAGCAUGACAUACGACACCAGGGCAUGAACGCAUGAUCCGCGUCCACUCUACCGGCUGAUAAAAAAAGAAACCAAAAAUCGCUUUACGCUAAAUGACGAAAAGACUGGCGCUCGUGCGGGGACCUUAGCUGCAUCAGCCUUUUCGCGUCACGCAUGUAAAAUGUCUCACAAUCCGUUUCUGGUCCAACCUGCGCUAAAAUCGCCGACAUCAGUUGAUCUAUUGACACCCAAAAAUUGUCUCUGGUUUAAAUCCAGAUUCAGGAGGCAUGUAAAAUGAUUAUACGAAAGCAGGAAUGGAAGGGGCGUGUGGGUGGUAACUACCAUGUCUAUAAGAAACAUUGACGUGCACCCUUUCAUGUUGCAUGGCGACAACUGGGGUAGCAUCUUUCUCCAUCCCAAAGCGAUAUGCCAGCACUAGCAAAGAGCAAUAAUUAGGAAGUGCGAUUGGCUUGACAUUAAUUGAUAUGACAAAUGGCUAUCGAGUGCAAAACAUGCACCAAUCCGAGUGCCUCUCAGAUGCACCACCUGUUACCUGAAGGCCGCAAUCAGUUGCAAAAUUCUCCCUCAGAGCUUAGUGGCCGUGGAGACCUUACAUCAGCUGUGAAAUACGUGUGCAAGUAAACUACGAUAUCAGCGUGCAUAAGUGUAGGUGCUGAUGAAAAAAAUGUUCCACAUUUGAAGAUGUCGAAGGAACCGCCACAUAUAAUGAAAGAAGCUGACUCAUAACUAUUGGUACACUUGUAAGUGGAAAAGGCUGCUCCAAAAAACAUAAUUUGUGUUUGGUAAGCGUACUCCUCAAUACGCCAUUGUUUGAUUGCGUCAUCGUAUUUUGCACAGCAUUGACUGAGAGCGAAUUGACGGCCGAUAUAUCUAGAGGUCGUGCUCACGAACGCCAGAUAUAAUUGCCUCGACAAGUAUGUCUUGCUUGGCCUUGAUCGUUGCAUGGCUAAUGGAACGACGGAAUUUGAUUGACGUGAUUUUGGCGUCGUGGAUACCUGGGUAACCUUGAAAUGGUCUCCCCGAAAAAGUCAGCACAUCCUCGCGGGCGCGUAGCUCAGAAACUAGAGGAAUUUGUUGAGGUAUUCACAAGGCAAGGCUGCUGACUGCACCGGAUGAUAUUCAAGAUAGGUAGAUGAGUUUAAAACCCCAUAGAGAUGUGAAAUACUUCCUUUAACUGCGAGGUUACCUCUGCCUGGACACUUACAAACAGUUAUCAAUAAAAACAGGUAUACGGGAACUGUUGCGUUAUGGAGGGCGGGGAUGACGUUGCAGGUUCCAGUCCCCUCUAAUACUCGAAUGAAUUUAGCACUAGACUACGGCCGUGCAUGACGGCUUAAAGUGUCUAUGAGCCCCAAUCUUAGGAAACUUC